GAUGAAGACAGAGGGUGCACGGAAAGAAGAGGAAGGGAGGGGUCAGCUCUCACCUGCGCCAAUCAGGGUGCAGGGUCGGCCCCGCGGGCGACUCACCCAUUGUGGGGGCGGGCUGGCGGAGUAGAGGAAGGAAGGGGGGGUAGGGGGAGAACUCGAAGUGGAGAACGUGGGGUGGCUGAGUUGUGGACGCCGCGGCGGCGGAGAGGAAGCAUCGCGGGAAUCGUCGGGGUGGAGUGAGGGCGCGGUGUGGGGAUGCGCCCCGGACAGAGGAGUAGCUUCCCCGAAAGCCGCCGAGCCCCAGGCACACCGGGCGGCCAGACCUGCGGGUCGGGGAGGGAUCCGUUGAGCCUGGGCUCCUCGUGGAGGCGCCCGGACGGGGCGGGAGGCAGCUCCAGGUGUGAGGUCACGGAGUGAAGGGAGAGGGGUCCCCAGGGCAAGGGAAGCGACAAAACAGCUGCAGAAGUGCAGGACACGGGAAGGUACCGGGGCAGCAGCUUCCCGCCGCCUCCAGCCGGGGCAGCAGCAGGAACAGCAGGGGGAGGAGCAACAGCUGCCGAAUUCGCCAACUAGAGGAGGGGGAGGCGGAGCUUGGGUCCCUGUAGCAGCCGAAGGCGCAGCCUGGACUGUAGUUUCCCGGGAGAGAGGAGAGCGGAGCGAGUGCAGUCCUGCGAGCAGCUGCUCCAGCAUCCCGCCAGGGGUUGCAGGUGUGUGGGAGAGUGAAAAGGAAGAGAGAAUGCCGUGGCAGCCUCCAUCGAUGGCUGAAGACAGCAACCUGGGAGGGCCGCUGUGGCCUGGGCACCUGGCUUGUGUCUCGAAGCUGCAUGCAUGACGGACACUGUUCUGCAGCAGUGCACUUGGUCCCCACCAGCAGCUGUCCUCUGCCCCUCACAGCACGAGGCUUGAAACUAUUCCAACAUGACUUUCCUUGGGCUCUUCUCUUUGGUGGUUCUGCAAAGUUUGGCUUUAGGGGCCACGUUCCCUGAUGCAACCAUUGCUGAGUUGUCAGUGAAUAUGUACAACCAUCUUCGAGCCACUGGGGAAGAUGAAAAUAUUCUUUUCUCUCCAUUGAGUGUUACCCUUGCAAUGGGAAUGAUGGAACUUGGGGCCCAAGGGUCUACACUGAAAGAAAUCCGUCAUGCAAUGGGAUAUGACAGCCUGAAAAAUGGUGAAGAAUUUUCUUUCUUGAAGGAUUUUUCUAACAUGGUAACUGCUGAAGAGAGCCAGUAUGUGAUGAAAAUUGCCAAUUCCCUCUUUGUGCAAAAUGAACUUCAUAUCAAUGAUGAGUUUCUGAAAAUGAUGAAAAAAUACUUUAAUGCAGAAGUAAAUCGUGUGGACUUCAGUCAAAAUGUAGCUGUGGCCAACUAUAUCAAUAAGUGGGUGGAGAAUAACACAAAUAGUCUGUUGAAAGAUUUGGUAUCCCCAAGGGAUUUUGAUGCUCUCACUCAUCUGGCCCUCAUCAAUGCUGUCUAUUUCAAAGGGAACUGGAAGUCACAGUUUAGACCCGAAAAUACUAGAACCUUUUCCUUCACUAAAGAUGAUGAAAGUGAAGUCCAGAUUCCAAUGAUGUAUCAACAAGGAGAAUUUUAUUAUGGAGAAUUUAGUGAUGGCUCCAAUGAAGCUGGUGGUAUCUACCAAGUCCUAGAAAUACCAUAUGAGGGAGAUGAGAUAAGUAUGAUGCUGGUAUUGUCCAGACAGGAAGUUCCACUGGCCACUCUGGAGCCAUUGGUCAAAGCACAGCUGAUUGAAGAAUGGGCAAACUCCGUGAAAAAGCAAAAAGUGGAAGUGUACCUUCCCAGGUUCACAGUGGAACAGGAAAUUGAUUUAAAAGAUGUUUUGAAGGCUCUUGGAAUAACUGAAGUUUUCGUCAAAAAUGCAAAUUUGACAUCCUUGUCUGAUAACAAAGAGAUUUUCCUUUCCAAAGCAAUUCACAAGUCCUUCAUAGAGGUUAAUGAAGAAGGCUCAGAAGCUGCUGCCGCCUCAGGAAUGAUUGCAAUUAGUAGGAUGGCUGUGCUGUAUCCUCAAGUUAUUGUGGACCAUCCAUUUUUCUUUCUUAUCAGGAACAGGAGAAUAGGUACAAUCCUGUUCAUGGGACGAGUCAUGCAUCCUGAAACAAUGAACACAAGUGGACAUGAUUUUGAGGAACUUUAAGUCAUUUCAUUUGAACAACAAGGAAAAUAGUAACUAAGCACAUUAUGUUUGCAACUGGUAUAUAUUUAAGAUUUGUGUUUUACGGUAUAUCUUAAGAUAGUAUUUAAAAUAGCUCCAGAUAAAAACAAUGUACGUUAAUUAUAAGCCAACUUGUCAAGGAAUGUUAUCAGUAUUUAUUGAGGUAAUAGUCUUGUCACGUCGUUGUGUUUGUUGUGCUGGUAUUUAAAAUAAAAAUACAUAUGGAACAUGUAAA